AUGGAGGGACACCCGGCGAAGCAGAAGCCUGACGCGGACGGCAACUCCUGGUUCGUAGGCGGCCGCCUCUCAUACGCGGACAUUGCCUUCUUUACCUGGCAGCAUACAGCUGAACCGCGAAUUCCGAAUGAGGAGUUCAACCAGGAUGACUACCCGCACGUCAAGAAGUGGCUUGACAACUUGCUCGCGUGCCCGAGUGCGAACAAGGUCUUGAAGCUCCAAGAAGCCAAGUAG